GAUCAGAUUUUUUUCCCCUUCGUAUUUCGUUAAAAGUAGCCAGGUACAUUUCUAUGCCUUUAAAUUCGUCCCCACCAUGUUCCCCGAUUUCAGCCUAUCAGUACCCAAGCCUAACCCAUGUACCCACCCAUCCCGAUUCGUUUUGGGGAAGAAUCCGAGGCAAACCCUCCCCAUACCCGUCGUGGUACAGGAUUCGGUGUCCGGGAGGAGUAUUCGUGCUUCAUAGGUCUAAAUGUCCAAAGAAGAUUAAGCUCUUUGUUCGAUUAGCUUGUUUCCAUCGGCUCAAACCCCCAAUAAAUUUGUGGCCUAAGGUGUGCUUUUUGCCUUUGGAGUUGACAAGGCAAAGCUUGUUUGUUUCUACAAUGUGAGUUGGCCACUUAUCUAUGGAACUAGUUGUUAAGUAAGAGGGGGGGGGGGACCCAGCCUAAGAGCCCAAUGCUAAAGUAUACUUCCUGUAUUUCUUUUUUCCGUUGCAUCGUAUUGACUUUUCACACUAUUCACAAAUUCUACUUUUGUUCAAUUUUUUAUACACUAGUGUUGUAUGCAUGCGAUGCAUGUGAAAUCAAAUAUAAAGUUAAACUGUGUAUCCAAAUCCUUGUUUUUAUCUAAUAAAGGACAUUAAUGUAGUUGAGAAGCUAUCUUGAAAUUGAUCGAACCGCCGUGUAAUUUGGCCUUGUUUUUUAUUUGAGAGUAUAUUGUAAGUUAAAGUCUUCCCCCUCUGACUUAAAGGUAUAUAUGUAAUUUAGGGUGGAUCCCAUGUCUUCCCCUUUUUCCUUAUAUAUAAGAGCUAAGAAAGAACAGUCGUGUUGGAUCUUGUUGGAUUAGUCUCUUUAUAUGAUUUUAUAAUGGGAGCCGCACUAACCCUUUCUCUGCCACAACUCAAGUGAUGUCGGACCUCUUCUAAUUUUUUUUAACAAUCAAUUUAAUCAAUUUAUAAAUUUUUACCAUUAUCUAUAAUAAAGUCUACCCAAGGUGAUGGGUUGAGAAACUUAAUGGGAUAGAGUAGCAAACCUGCAACAUUUUUGGUGCCUCAAUAUGAAACACCGUUGCUUCACUAUCUUAAAAGAGGCUCUUGCUAAUUGCAAGUGUGGGGUUCAGAUGUAUCUAAUGUUAUCGUUGCGAUAUCGAUGAAGCCAUAACAGAGUGUCUGUUUCCCAUAGCGGUUUUGAUCCUAAAGACAGCUGCCAUCAUCACAAUAUGAUAAAAGGGCACACAUUUUGAUUUAGGCUGUUAUUGUCCAAGCCUCAGCUCUUGGUGUAGACAAUUUCACCCCGCCAUAAAGUGAUUGGUAAUUUGGUACACUAUAUUGCUUUGAUUGAUUCUCUUUGCAGGAAUCCUUAUCCUCCCUUAUUCCCUUUUAUGUAUCUGCUUGAUUCAACUUUUUUUUUUGUGGGAGCUAAUUACCUUAUACGGUUUAUGUCUUAGGGACUAAAUCUUGUCUAAUUCACAUAAAUGACAAAAAAUUGAUAGAAGAACAUAAAAAAAACAAGUUGGAAGACAAUACCUGAUGAAAAAGCAAUAUUAACCCAAGAUAAAUCGUUCUUACUUGCACCCUUUGUUUAACCCUAAUCAAACCCUAACAAUUUUGUUACCAACAAUGCGUGAGAAAGUCGGGAUUCCCCUAACAAUGUGAUGGCAAUCUCCCCUGCUUUUUUUGGAAUGAUUCGCACAAUGUUUUAGGGUCUGAGAUUCGAGAUGAUUGUAGGGAAGAACCGAAGAAGUCAAGAGUGGAUGUUGACGAGGUUUUUUGUGAACUGUCACUUUUUUAGAGGUUUCUAGUGUCAAUACUUACAAAAGGACAAAGAGCAAUUAACCACUAACGUUGAGUUAACAUCGUCAGUCAUUAAGGGUAUUUAUUGACUUUUUUAAACCACAAGGGAACCAGAUACUUUUUCAAAGCACGAGGGUACCUGUUGAAAUUUUUGAAAACUCAGUGUCCCUGUCUCCCUGAUGAAAACAACCAAAUUUUAAAUGAUAACUUUUAACAAGUCAUUUCCAUUUACUCACUUAUAGCUUUUUGCUACACCUCUAGAUUUUGGGUAAAUUCUGUUACUUCAACUUGUUAACUGUCCAGACAGUGGAUUUCAACCAAAUCCAAGAUUGGAAAAGAAAUGCUUAUAUACCCAAACCUACCAUAAGGGAAAAACUGCUGGGUCUUCUUCUGGUUUAAGCUUUGGAGAGACUACUUCUACUUGCAAGGGCGAAGAUUUGAGCUUGUCUUUUGCAGCUCCUCGUGCAAAAACAUGCUUUUGGGGGAGCCUUGGACUUUACUUAACUUCUUUUGGUCAACUCAUGGACAUCCAUUGUAUCCUGUGAAACUGAUGGCUAGUAAUGUGCCGACUGAUGGUACAAACCCCGUGCAGUGUGUGGAGAAAACCUUUCAUCUUACAAGGUGUGACAGAGAAUUAUUAUCAAAGCCUGAGUAUGCGAUUCAGGCUUGGUGCAUGCUUCUCAAUGAUAAGGUUUCUUUUAGGAUGCAGUGGCCACAAUAUGCAGAUUUGCAGGUCAACGGUGUGCCUGUAAGAGCUAUCAGUAGACCUGGCUCACAAUUGCUUGGGGCUAAUGGUCGUGAUGAUGGUCCAAAUAUAUCACAAUGCACCAGAGAUGGAAUUAAUAAGAUCUUUUUAUCAGGAUGUGAUUCCCGCAUUUUCUGUCUCGGCGUGAGAUUGGUAAAGCGACGAACUCUUCAACAGAUUUUAAGCAUGAUUCCCAAAGAAUCAGAUGGUGAGCUCUUUGAAGAUGCCCUUGCUCGUGUGCGUCGUUGCAUUGGAGGUGGUGCAGCUGAGAAUGCCGAUAGUGACAGUGAUUUGGAAGUUGUUGCAGAUUCCAUCACUGUUAACUUGCGCUGUCCAAUGAGUGGUUCUAGGAUGAAGACUGCUGGACGAUUCAGACCCUGUGUGCAUAUGGGAUGUUUUGACCUCGAAACUUUUGUGGAGAUGCAGCAGCGUUCGAGGAAGUGGCAAUGUCCGAUAUGUUUGAAGAACUGUUCCCUGGAGAGUGUAAUUAUCGACCCUUACUUUAACCGCAUCGCAAACAUGAUGCAGUCUUGUGGUGAGGACACAACUGAGGUUGAAGUGAAACCUGACGGUUCUUGGCGUGUUAAGAGUGACAUUGAACACAAGGAUCUUAGGCAAUGGCAUCUGGCAGAUGGAAGCCUUUGUCUUCCUGAUGAAGUAGAAAGUAAACAUAAGGCUGAAGCUUCUAAGCCAAUCAAGCAAGAGGGCACAGGUUUGAAACUUGGAAUCAGAAAGAACAGCAAUGGAAUAUGGGAAGUUAGUAAACAUGGUGAUGCAAAUACUCUUUCUUCAAGUGAUAGAGUGCCAGUCAACUUAGAGAACGGUGGUCCAAAGGCUAUCCCAAUGAGCAGUAGUGCCACUGUUAGUGGUAGAGAUGGUGAAGAUCCGAGUGUUAAUCAAGACGCCAAUGGUCAUUUUGAUUUGUUUGUUAACAAAGGAGUGGAACUUGAUUCUAUAUCUUUGAAUCUUGAUCCUUCGUACGGGCUGACUACUCAGGAUGCUGUAGCAGCCGCAAAGGAUGCAGAAGUUAUUGUGCUUAGUGAUUCAGAUGAAGAAAAUGGUAUGAUGCCACAUGGCAUGAUUCACUGUAAUGGGCUGAUGGAUAAUGGAAUAAGUUAUGCUGUUGACCCACAUGGAAUUACAGGAUCGUAUCAAGAAGACCCUGGUCUCGCAGUUGGUGGAAGUUCGUGCCUUGAUCUUUUCAAUCCAGCAGAUGAUGAAUUUGGGCUGCCGUCGUGGCCAUUGCCUUCCACUACUCAAGGAGCUUUAAGUUUUCAAUUAUUUGGUUCUGAUGGUGAUGGCUCAGAUACUUUAGCUAAUUCUCAUCUUACUGGUGUAAGCUGCCCAACAUCCAUGAAUGGCUAUAUGUUGGCUACAGAGACUGCUAUGAACCCUGCGACUUUGGUGCCAGAUUCUACAGUUGGUCAUAACUGUAAUGACCUAAAUGAUGGUUUAGUUGAUAACCCCUUGGCAUUUGGUGGAGAGGACCCAGCUCUUCAAAUCUUUCUUCCUACAAGGCCUUCUGAUGCUUGUGGGCCUACUGAUGCAAGAAAUCAUCAAGAUAUGGGAAACGGUUUACGUGGGGAAGAUUGGAUCUCUCUUAGGCUAGGGGAUGGUGGUGGGAGGAAUCAUGAGGACUCAGGUGCUCUGAAUGGCUUACAUGGACAACAACCUCAUUCUAGAGAAGGAGCUAUGGAUUCAUUAGCUGAAACAGCUUCUUUUCUUUUGGGAUCAAAUGGCAACAAACAGGAGAAAAUUAGAGAACGACCAGACACCCCUCUGUCAUAUCCUCGAAAUAAACGUUCUGUGAGACGAUUGUACCUUUCUAUUGAUUCUGAUUCUGAGUAAGCGUGUCUCAAUUUUGAUGACCAUAAUGUUCCAGACACAAGGUGGCUUGGCCAAUUAUAUAAUAUUGCCGGUCGUGAAGCUAUCCUGUACAGAGGGACUUGAGAUUCGCUUGUACUGACCAUUUUGGAUGAGCAUUAAGAACAGGAUGCUGAGUAGGACGAAGAUGAGAGUUGGAUCUUCAGAAAGAUCAGCGCCUCUUCAAUGCUGGUAUUGGUGAGCUGGAACAGCUUAUUCCAGUUUCCCAUGUAGCUGGAUGGUACAUAUCAUUGCUAAUUUCCUUCAGUGGGACAGAGUUAGGCAGACACUAGCACAUACAUUUUGAUGAUGAAGCAAAUCCAUCGAGUCUGGUAAAUUGACUAAUGGUGGUAUUUAGAUGUGAAUUAUUGAAAGAUCUAAAGGUUGUGACCUUUGAUCAGUAAGAGAGGGAAGUUCUCUUUUCAGUGUUCAAAUACACUAGCCUCCUGUUUUUGUUGGGGCUUGUAGCCUGUAAAUGUCUCAUGGGGUUUAGUAAUUUAUAGAAAAGGGGCUUCUUCUCUCCUCCCCUCCCUCCCCCCUCGCCCUGAAUCCCACCCAAAAAAAUCAAAAAGUUUUAUUAUUGCAUCAAGCAGAAUACAUAAUUUAAUGGUGACUUGCAACUCAUUCUUUCUCUCGUGUUUGUCCGUUGGAGCUGUGUUUUUACUGGGUGCGUGGCGGAUGUGAUUGCUUUUGGGCACUUAGACCUUCACUCUUGUCUUCAAACAUGGACUAUGGAAGCAAUACAGAAAUUCUUAUGCUUGGUUUUUUGAGGACAGCUUGUGCUGAUUAUAUUAUAUUGUUCCGGCAAUUAGACGGGCUCGAAAAACACAAGUCGGUCUUGGAUAUAGUAGAUAUUGUAACAUUUAUUUCUAGUAGAUAAACGUAAAUAUUCUUGCAAUUUUUUGCCGAUUACA